UCUGUAAUCAGUUCCAUACCAUUCCCCAACUCUGAUUGAUAUCUACACCCAUCCUUUCUCCACUUUUGGUUCUACAAUAGUAUAUAAUUUUUCUAUUGUCUUACCAAUAGUGGAAAGCAAGGGUGUAUAUAUCAUCAGGAAGCGGAAGCGAAAAUGGAGGAGUAUUUGCAGAAUAUGAAGAACUUGCGGUCUCAGAUGAACGAUUUCGAGAACGAAGCAGCGAAUGUCUCUGUUGAAGAAGAGAAGCUGAAAACGGAGAUUCAAGCAAUGGAAAAUGACAUCCUCUCUGCACAAUCUGAAACAAAGCGUCUGAAACAGGAGACUGAUGAGAUGGUGAAAACAAAGGGCGAGAUAUGCUGUCGGAUACUUGAAAAGCAAAAGAAAAUUGCCAGUCUAGAAACAGAGUCAUCUACCCUUUCUCAGACACUGGAGCUUCUUCAACAAGAAAAAGUCAACUUAUCUGCCAAAAUCAAAGAGAAAAGGACUUUUUAUGGCAAAGUCAUGGAGGAGAUGAGUGUUCAACUACAAGAGCGACAGGACUGGUUCAACUCACACAUGCCCAACAGAGAGGACAUCCUUGAAGGAACUAUCAGGUCAAUGCUUAUAGAUUACAGAAAGGGUGAGGAAAUAAUUGAUGGAGAAACGGGGACGCCUAACACUGAGAUGCACCCAAUUAAAGGGAACUUGGACAGUCUGGCAUAUGAAACAAAUGAGAAAUAUAAGGAUCUAAUUGCACAAUCAGAGUCUGCAAAAUAUAAGCUCAAAGAAACAAUAGCGAAGAAGUCCAAAUAUCAGCUUGAGAACAGCGAGACGAAGCAUAUUACUGAGCAACUGAAGCGUAGACUCAAUGAGUUUCCGCCAGAGUUAAAGGCAAUGGACAUAGAGGCUUUGGAAGAGGAACACAAAGCUCUCUUGUCUGACAAAGCUGGAGAAGUGGAGUAUUUGCAGUCUCUACAGGAACGAAUUGAACAAAUUAAGGGCAUUUCCCAAGCAGUUAAAUGUCGUUGUGGACAGGAGUACACGGUCGAGAUGAGUUGAUAUGUUAGUUCGCCAACUGAAAAGGCUGUUUUUCCCUCUUGUGUUUCAUGGAAGUGAAAAUUUCAACACUAAGGAUGGCUUAGUUUACAAAAUAAGGCAUGUACAGCACAGCUGCGUAUGAUGCAAUCAUGCAAAUAUCUAUUAACCCCAAAAAUAGAAUAUUACAGUUGAUGCCAUUCAACAGGUUCUCAUCUCUUUUGCCAUGCAUAUUUUGUUUUUCAAA